CAAAACUACUGCCAAACAACAAUGAUUUGUCAAUCAUGAGCCAAAAUUAAUAGGAAAUUAAACUCAUUACCACCUCAGUGAGUUUUCAGCCUUCUCCACCACCCCCUAGAUGGCAAGCUAACACCCCCACUCGAAAAAAUGUGUGAGAACGUGAACAGCAACCCUUUCGCCGGCCUCUUCUCAACUUCCACCGAAGCAGAAUCCUUCUCCCAAGCUCAAAACCCACCGAAUCCCCCUUCCUUAUCUCUCCCAAAUGGCCUCGACCCCCCCACAACCUCCCCAGACCCCUCCUGCACCUCCUCCGCCCUCGACAAACACAUUCAAUCCAUCUUCGGGCUUUUACUAACCAAGAGAACCCCACAAACUCGCUCCCAACUCAUCUCAAUCGACGCAGAAACGAUAGACGAUGGACUUUUCGAGCGUCUGACCUUCCCAGACAUCGAAUCGAAACUCGUUCCCCCCUUGGGGACAAAAGGGGUCACCCUAGACCCCCACUUCGUCCAACCGGAGAUAAUUCCUUAUCUGUUUGAGUGCUGGAGUCGACUCCAGAGACUAAAACAUCAAGAAAAAGACGAUUCAGGGAUCAAUGAUGUCAUUAGCCUGGAGAAUGUCGUCCUGAGGUCAGUGGGGACUGCCCUAGAGGCUCCAGACAUCUUCCAGGAACAGGACAUACAUCGACAGUACCUGGAGCUCUUCGUGGACUCGUCUGAAGCCUCGAAUGUGAAUCUAUUCACUGAGAAUGUUGUUAAUAUGAUUAAGAAUGAUGAGGAGAGUGAUGAUCAGGUGCUUCUUGGGGCCUUCGGACCAAUGCUGAAUAUCAUUCAUAAGGAAGCAGCUGAUUCCAAUCUUCUGGUCUUCAGGCAGCACUGGUUCAACGUUCUCCAGGUGUUCUCAAACGUGGAAUCCCUCGCUAAGCUACUAAUUCGUCAUUGCACACCGAUCGCUGAUCACGGCUCUGCCUUUUCCGACACAAUUUUCGGGGCCCUGUUGUCUCUGAGCUGUUUGCCAAAGAGCUACGGUGGUCCCUAUGACUUCUUCGAUAAACCACUGGUGCAACAACCUGGCAGCGUUGAAGGAAACAUCUGGACCGCCUUGGAUGCUCUCAGUGAGAAUCUUCACAAGAUUUUUCAUUCAUUGCUGAAGUGCUCACCGGAGACGAGGCACUUGACUCUAAAGUGGAUUGCCAGGUGCUUAAAAGCCAAUUCGGCUAGGGGGAAGAUCUGGAAUACUCAGGGCAAUGUUGGGGGAGCUCUCACUGCUUCUGAUGGAUUCAUGCUGAAUUUGGGAAAUGUUUUGCUGAGACUCUGUCAACCUUUUUGUUUGAAAUAUACCGACCCAAAAAUCCUGAAAAUCGACCCGACCUAUUGUGCAGCUGAGCCUCUGAACGAGGAGGACUCAAAGACUCGAGGAGUCCACAUGGAGGGAAUGAGCAGAGAGACCUGCCUGAUCCCCCCCUCGGAGAACGAAACCAGACCAGUAGCGAAGACCUUCACCUUCGUCACCGAGUGUUUCUUCCUGACUCAUUGUUCCCUGGACCUGGGGUACAGAGUGGUCCUGGAGAAGCUGAUGAAGACGAACCAAGACCUCAGCAGGAUUCAGCGAGUCUACAACGACGCCCAGUCUGGAGGCUCCUCAGAGGUUUUCGACGUCAUAACUCAACGAAUGGAGAUGGAGAUGACCAAGUAUCUGUCCUUGAGAGCUAGCCUACUUGCUCCAGAGAUGCUGAAGCUCCUGGCCAAGUUCCAUGCUGCCACUGCCCACUGGCUCAUGCAGGUCAACGUCAAUCUAGCCCUGGAUGAAAACCAGGGGACAUUCGCACCGAUGAAGCCCCUGAAAAUCACAUUCCCACUCCCUGAGACUGUUCCAGACACUUUGAAGUGUAUCCCUGAGUUCGUGGUGGAGAACACCAUGAGGUUCGUGUGUUUCUUGAGGAGAUUGAGUCCAAAUACCUUCGAGGAACACGGCGCGGAUUUUCUGGAGCCCAUCCUGACGGAAAUUGUGGGACUGAUGGAGUCCCCACAGAGGCUCUAUAAUCCGCACUUGAGGGCGCAUUUGGCUGAGGGGCUGGAGGCACUUCUGCCGACUCAAGAGGAUGGCAAUAAUCACCUGCAGGCGACACUCGGGACAUUCCACAGGCAGCAGCUGUUUGUUCAACAUCCGCAUAGAAAAGAAAUUGUCCGGAAUUUGCUACAGGUGUUUGUUAGUAUAGAAAUGACAGGACAGAGUGUCCAAUUCGAGCAGAAGUUCAACUAUCGCAGGCCAAUGUACAUUGUGAUGGAUUAUUUAUGGAAAAUAGAGGAGCACAGAAGGAAUUUCAAAAGAUUGGCAAUCGAGGCUGAGGACAAUAUGGAGACAGUUCAGCCCCCACUUUUCCUCAGGUUUAUUAAUUUAUUAAUGAAUGAUGCUGUUUUCCUGCUGGACGAAGCGCUGAGUAACAUGGCAAAGCUAAAGACGAUGUUGAAUGCGAGGGAGAACGGGGAAUGGGACAAAUUGCCACAGCACGAGAGGGAUCAACAAGUUGGGUAUCUCCAACACAUUGGCAUGACUGCACGAUUCGAUAAUAUUUUGGGGAGGGAAACCAUUGCCACGCUCAAGAUGCUCACUUGUGAGAUCAAAUCCAUCUUCUGUCACAGUACUAUGGUCGACAGAAUCGCCUCCAUGCUGAAUUAUUUAUUGCUGCAACUGGUGGGACCUAACAAAAGGAAUUUGAAGGUGAAAGACCAGAAGGAGUAUGAGUUUAACCCAGCAAAUUUAGUGCUGAACAUCUGCGAAAUUUACAUCAAUUUGGGGGAGAAUGAGAAUUUCACACUGGCUGUUUCACAGGAUGGAAGAUCCUACCGACCAGAUUUAUUCAAAUUGGCUGAUAACGUAUUGGUUCGAAUUGGCGGAGUGGGUAUUCUGGGUGACCUUGAGAAUUUCUCAAAACGCGUGGCAGAGGCAGCCCACAUAAAACGAGAGGAGGAGGAGAUACUGACCGACGCGCCAGACGAAUUUUUGGACCCAAUUAUGUCGACCCUAAUGACAGAUCCAGUGAUUCUACCCUCUUCAAAGAUAUCGGUAGAUCGUCAAACAAUAGCCAGGCAUUUGUUGAGCGACCAAACUGAUCCAUUUAAUCGUUCACCACUGACCAUGGACCUCGUGAAAUCCGACACAGACCUCAAAAAUAAAAUACAAGAGUGGAUUGCAUCGAAAAAACAGUCAAGAUCGUCGUAAGUUCCUUUCUAGUGUACAAAGAUGACUAGAAAACGUCAGUAAAUGAUUUUCUAAGGGAAUUGAUUUUUUAAAUCGUGGGAGGGGAGAAGGGACGUUCGAAUGUGCCAUUGAAAACCGAUGCAAAACCAUUCAUUUUCGAUUUAUUAAUUAAUUCCAUUGGUUUCUAUCAUUUUUUAACGAAUGGGUUUAUUUUUGAAAAUAUUUGAAGACACAUAAAUAACAAAAAAAUAAUUGAUGGAAGGAUUUUUCAAUGGCACAAUUGAGAAAAAACCAUCGUCGAUGCUAUUGUCAUGAGUCUACAUUCGAUUUUAUUUUAAAAUUACUUGAGAUCUUUUCAAAUUCAUGAAAAUGGGGAAACGACCAUUAAUGAAGAAUUGUGAAUUGAUGGAAUAGAUUUACACGUUUGGAAAAGUUUGAAAGAAAAACCUAGUGUUUUCUCUAAGAAAUUCUAUUGAAUUCAUUUUUCUAUUUGAGUUUUAUCGAAGAAUAGUAUUUGUUUCCUGCACCAAUUCUAUUGGAAACUAGGCUUUGUUUAUAAAUGUUGAGUGUUCUGCAAAAAUUCUUGGGCAUGAUUUUUCCAAUUUUUUUUUCUUGGUUUUUAUAAUCAGAAACGGAGAGAAAAAACUUGGAUAAUUUAUACCCAAAAAUUUCUAUAGAAAAAUGAAAAUCGACAGAAGUCACUAAAAAAAUACUUACUUUUUUUAAUUGAAUAUCUAUGAAAAAAUGGCACAAUAAAUUUGCAUAAUCUCCAAUAAAAUAAAACUAAUAGAAUUAGUGGAAUCUAAUAGCAAUUUAAUAGAAUCUCUUAUAGCAAGCGCUGGGUUCUUCCGUUAAUUUUUUUUUCAUGUAUGUUCGAAGAAUUGUGGAAUAAAUUUUCACGUUUGGAAAAAUUUGAAAGAAAAACCUAAUGUUUUCUCUAAGAAAAUCUAUUGAAUUUGCUUUUCUAUUAGAAUUUUAUCGAAGGAUAGUAUUUGUUUUCUGCACCAAUUCUAUUUGAUUCUAAUCUUGAUUUUCCUACAAAAAUUCUUGAGCAUGAUUAUUCCAAUUUUUUUUUCUUGGAUUUCAUAAUGAGAUACAGAGGGGGAAAAACUUGGAUAAUUUAUGCCCAAAAGUUUCUAUAGAAAAAUAAAGAUCGACAGAAAUCACUAAAAAAUAUUUACUUUUUUCAAUUAAAUAUCUAUGAAAAAAUUACACAAUGAAGCUACAUAAUCUUCAGUAGAAAUAAUGUAAUCUAAUAAAAAUUCAAUAGCAUCUCUCAUAGCAAGCGCUGGGUUCUGCAAAAUUUUUCCAUAUGCGUUUCUAUUUAUUCUUCGUAAUAUUUUUCAAUUUUAGAGAGGAGGGAGGGGGACUGUCUAAAUGUGCCAUUGAGAAACCGAAACACAAGAAAUCCAUUCAUCAUUUUCAACACUAAAUUCACGAUUUUUUAAGCAGCAAAAAACGCAGAAAAGAAUAUUUAAUUUGUUAAUUCAGUUCCUUUUUAUGUUAAUUUGAUUAAUGUCAUAUAAUCCGGGUGAAUGAUACAUUAGAAAAAUUUCUUUUCAUUCCUAAAACAUUCCGAAAGUCGAACAAUUGACGAAAUUCAUUGUUUGUAAUUGCUCGAUGGCACAAUUAUCCGUAAGAAGAAACAGCAGUUUUAACAUGAUUAACGGUUUAGUUGAAAGAUUUUUUAUUUUAUCAAUCUCAAGUAUCAAUUAGUUAUUCCACCAGGUCAGAAAAGUUGCUUUCACUUUUACAUGGAACAAUUUCAAACCUUCAAUUAUACAUUCAGCCUCUUGACAAUUUAUCGACAUGCAAUAGAAAUAAUCAACGUUCUGUAAAUUUAUCAAACCUAUGAUGAUAUGAUGUAUAUGUACAGUAAAAAUUGGUUUAAAAAUCGUUUCGUUUCGCAAUUUGAUAAUUGUGAAAUAUUAAUAUUAGUUAUGCAACGUUUGUGUAUCAUAAAAAUGUGUUAUAAAUCUUUUUAAGUAAAGAAAAUGAUUCGAUGAAAGAAAAAACAAA